GGGGAUUUUUUUGCUAUGCGCAGAUCGUUGGUAAAUUUGUUGUGAUGAACAAUAAUCAAGAAGAAAUGGCAGAAGCAGCUGUAGAGGACCGACCACCACAAAAGUUCUACUGUCACAUGUGCAACGUACAGUUCCAAAACGCAUCUGCGAACUUCACAUGUCCCCAUUGCUCAGAUGGAUUCAUUGAGGAGUUGCAGGAUCCCCCUGCCAACAAUGAGGAGAUGGUAGAUGUAAAUGACUGGGUGGAUGACGAUGUGAUGGACGACCUUAUCACAUUACCCUUACAUUUAGUAGAUGAGAGAAGGACGGGAAGACCCCGAUCAGAUGGAAACCGUACUGGCAGAAGGUACGCUGUUAAUUCUCGCGCCAGGAUAGUAAGGCCCAGAACUCUCACCAGACUAGCAUCUUCAAAUUUAAGACAACAAGUGCCAUUCGAAAACUUACUGCAAGAUUUCAUCGUUAAUUUGGGUGUCGGGGUGAAUUGGGGUACUUCCGGAAAUAUGCAGUUAUUCUUAGGAAACCCUGGAGAUUAUGCUUGGGGUAGGGAAGGACUGGAUGCUAUAGUCACACAGCUCUUAAAUCAAAUGGAUAGUACAGGCCCGCCCCCCGUGUCAAAAGAUGUUAUCGAUGCGCUCCCAAUAGUAGAAGUAACGCCGGAACAGGUGACGGCCAAACUCCAGUGCUCUGUGUGCUGGGAGGACUUCCUGUCUAAGGAAAACGUCCGUCAGCUGCCCUGUCUCCACAUAUAUCACGAGCCAUGCAUCAGGCCCUGGCUGGAGCUGCACGGCACCUGCCCCAUCUGUAGGCAGAACCUAGUGAAUGGCGAACAAUCGAGUAGCGACAAUAAUCCUGAUUUAGGCGGAACAUCUAGUGCAAGUAAUACCUCCUUCAAUGUCCUCAGGACUCUCUUUCAACCACCGCGGAAUGCUUCGUCGGAGAACAGCGCCACCAGUUCUAGUUCCCAGGACAGCUCGGGGGCAGCGACGAGGUCGAGGUCGCACAGCGAUUAGGCCGUGCGCCCGCACUAGAUUUAAUCCUACUACACAGAUUUAACCGUUUAGAACCAUGUGCUUGCUUUCAAACGAUAUCUAUUAUUACAACAGACUCUCUUGAUCAUGAUGGAAAUUACAAGUGUUUUGUAAGUUUAAAAAAAAAAUGGAAAAUAUAUUCGUGCACUCUUUGUACAGCAAAAAAUGUGAUAUAGACACCGUGAGGACACUCCUGUUAACAAUUAGGUUUAUUUUAUACACUUUUACUGUGAAUAAAUAUUUAUUUUUCACUGGCAUUUCGCUGUCGUGUGGAAAAUCGAAGCGUUGCACAUUUUAAAGAAUACUACCUCAAAAUUGUUUCACAGUAUACUUAAUCUGAUAAAUGUUUAAUAAAUAAUGAAACUUAAUCACAUUAUUGCGAAUAGGGCAUUUAAUUUGAAUUUAAUACAUUUCCUUUGAAAUUGCCCUAAAAAUAUUCUCUUUAUUAAAAUAAUAGCCUCAAAACUGUGGGCAUAUUAAUUCAAAUUUAAUAAAAAUUGCUCUAAAAAUAUUCACUUUAUUAAAAUAUUGGCCUCAAAACUAAAAUAUUCAAAUUGGCCUCAAAAUUGCCUCAAAUUUUUAAAGAUGGAAAAAUAUUUUUUUGUUUCUGGUGAGUAUUUAAAAAUUUUAUUGCCCUAAAAUUCUACACUUUUUAAAUAUUUUAAUUACCCCCAAAAUUGACCCCAUUUUGUAAGUAAAUUUUAAAAUACUAAUUGUUUUCAAUAUGCAAAAAUAUCAAAUAGGUGCUUAUUAAUUUCUUAUUUUUUUUUAACUUACAUACCGAAUAAAAAAUUUCCAAUACUUAAUAAUACUAUAUUAGAAAUUUCAUUGCCCUUAAACUUGUCUUUAUGGAAUACCCUUGUAAAGGUGUUAUUACUUUUUCUGUAACAUGUAUGAUAAAUAUUGCCCUAAAAAUAUUCGCUUUAUUAAAAUAUUAGCCUCAAGACUGUAGGCAUAUUCAAAUUUAAUAUAUUCCCUUUAAAAUUACUUUAAAAAUAUUCA